GGCUGCUGUCAAUGACGGCAGCACCCUCACUCUGGUGUUUACCGAUGACUAACCGCCAGUUACACCCCAUCUCCUCGAGCCAUACCCAUUUCGGCCCUUUUCUUUCUUACUUCAUUUCUUAUCCCCUCCCGGAUUUUUGACACCUCCGACGAUUUUCAGCGCAUGGGCUAUUCUACAUACGUGGAUGUUGGUCAAUACUUGACUAUGUCGAAGAGUCUACAUGGUGACGGGCUUCACUAUCGAACGGAUCUCGACGGAUUUUCUUGGAACAAUUCGGAUUUGCGAAAAGUUUGACUACGAUAUCCUAUGCGAGCAUCCAACUUCGAUCAUGGUUUCCGACAUCAUCUACGGAUCUCCUUCGAUCUGUAAGCAUUUUCCCUUCUUUGCACAUACGCCGCAGGACUGCCACACCUGCCAAACUGCCACCUUCUUCUUCUCUUCUUUGUUUCUUCUUUUCGGACGGAUGGGCAAGGGCAUGGGCUUCGAGGGGUGUUGGAAGGGGAGAUGGGAGCUGGAGGCUGGUGCCAGUUACUAUGAUGACAUGGUUUUGAAAUGGGGUUUACGGGUCGUCGACGGCGGUGGAUGGUGUUGGGUAUCGCCUUUUCGGAUUGCUGUCACGGGGGUGUUUGCGGGUUCGCUGCUGGGGAUGGACGGAUUGCGGACGGAUCUCGGGACUUCUCGACGACGGAUGACGGUCAAGGUGAACCUUUUCAGGCGGGCUGUCGACCACAUUGGUCUACACAUGAAUGGAUGGUGUUCAUACCCUAUUGCUGUCUCAUGUUCUUGCAGGAUAGAACUGACCAAACAGCUCCGCAACAGCACAUCUAAGGUAAGCAGGCUCACAUAAUGGUACUAACUGAAGGGCUUUGGGACAGCACUCCGCCAAACACGGGCUGUCGAGCCUCACUAUAAGCUUUAACUUGCUUCUUAGGCCAUGGCCCUUAGAUGCGCUUCCAUGUUCGUCAAACGCCGGAAAAAAGCUUGCUUCCACACCAUUAUUGCAUA